GAGAUUGGAACUGCAUCACUGGGUUACACAAGUAUUGUUUGCUCUGGGCGACCAUGCACUUCCUGCUGUGACAUAACAGGCGCUGUUACACAAGCUGGCAAAGCCAGCGAGCUGCCACCGCACUUGCCCGAUCACAACGUGCGCCCUCCGCCAGCGUCUCGGCCCCUCGGCGAGCCCCCGAGAUUUCUCAGCUCGGUCUCCGCGACUGACGCUUGAAAUCACAGCCGGGCGGAUGGACCGGCUCGGCCGCGGGGGCCCUGCGGACGCCUCUUCGUCCGGGAAGAUCGGAGGACAGUCGCUCUGGGGAGCGAGCAAGGCCCCCGGGAUAAAAACGCUUGCAGGUAGUCAGUGUCAUGAGAAUUCAGAGUGGGUUAGAGACUCCACUAACAUCAUGAGUGUCUGCGAUCCUGGAAAUGACAAGUCGCCUAGCGCUGCCGUGGCACUGGUGGAAAGCAAUGCCAACCCUGUAGGCCUGCAGCUGGUCAGCUCCUACAAGACUAAUCGGCUUGGAGACCCCCUUGACCUUGUAGUUCUGGCAGAACAAAUCCAAAAGGCAGAUGAUUUCGUCCGUGCCAACGCUACUAAUAAACUGACCAUGAUAGCCGAGCAAAUCCAAUAUCUCCAAGACAAAGCUCGAAAGGUUCUGGAAGAGGCCGGGAAAGAUGCUGAUCUCCAUCACAUUGCCUGUAACAUUGUGAAGAAGCCUGGAACAGUUUAUUUCAUGUACAGACGUGAGUCUGGACAGCGAUAUUUCUCCAUCCUUUCUCCAAAGGAGUGGGGGCCAAGCUGCCCACAUGAGUUCCUCGGGGCCUACAAGUUGCAACAUGACCAGUCGUGGACAGAAUACAAAGAUAUCAACAAAAGAGAUGCGGAAAUUGGUCUUAUUGACAAGUUGUUGACUCAACACCAGACACAGGCAGAGCUCGUGGCAGAAAUUACAGGGACUAACCCACUGAUGAACUAAUGCCUCCCAUCAAGAACAGUCUUGAAUAUUCAACGGGUCCUGACAAAGACCUUUGCUUAAGAAAUACCAUGCUUUCUCGCCACUUUUUUGAAAUGUUUCUUUCUCGCCACUUUUUUGAAAUGUUUCUUUCAUGUUCUGGUUUUCACACACUACCUUAGAGCCAAGAAAUGGCUGUCCGUGACUUGUUCAUCUGUCAUUUCUUUAAUGCAAAUAGCAUUCUCUAAGUUAAUUAUAGAUCACAUAAAAUAGCACAAGACAAAAUAACAAAAGAACAUAAUUCAGUAAUCAUUAACAGCUAACAUCAGGCCAUAAAUAAAACAUUUCCUUAACCAGUAGCCUCUUAUCAGCACUCAUAUUUGAAAUCAGCAUAUAAUCUCAUUUUCCUGGAUAGACCCAAAGAAUGAGAUUAAGUGAUUCUCAAGAUACCAUAUUUAGUGGCAAUAUUCCAACUUGUGACUGAGUUCAUGAAUUUCUUAUGUGUAAGGUGGUAACUGGAAUUAUUUACAAUUGGAAAUGGACUUUAGUGAUUCAUAAUUUGCUUUCUUUAGUCCAUUACUGGGACAGUAUCAGGCCAUUUGCACUUUCAAGCCCAUUCUACAAUGGCUAACAUACAAUUUGGCUCUACAAGUCUGUCUUUGUUUCACAGGUUUUAACAUCUUUGAUGAAUAAAAGUUGAUUUUUCCUCAA